UCACAAAAAUGUCCGAUCUUUCACAGCUCGAAAUCAACUGCGCAAAAUCUACCGAACUGGCUCAGCUAGAAGCCGUACUUCAAGACAAAGUUCACACACUUCUAGACGACCCAAAUCAAGAGUACAGGAGAAAUUGGGAGCUUCAGCUCAUUGAAAACACCAAGGCUAGAGAUGCAGCUCUCGAUGAGGCAAAAUUCUGGAAAUCCGAAUUUCGGCGCGUUGAGAGACUGUUCCAAGAUAUGAGAAAGGAAUACAAGUCAAACGAUGACCGGGAAGACGAAUUUCUUGACAAGGCGAUGAAAGAAUUGGAUGAAAAUAGUCUGAAAAUUGGAAAAGCUCAAAUGCAAAGUUGUUUACAAAAUGAAUUGAGUGCUCUGAAAAGCGCCAACAAUGCUAUGAAGACGUCCAAAAACGGGCCAGCAAAAGAGCACAGACCGGAAAAUGGUAAGUUGAGUCCAGAAACGCUAGAUCGUGGAAAAGAGGAAAAUCAAGAGGGCCGACAGGAUUUGGAGCACCGUGGCUCGGUGGAUUCGGAGCUAUCUGCUCUUACACAAACUCCAAGCCAAACUCCAGCUGAUACUCCGAGUGAUGUUGGAGAAUCAUUUGAAGAUCUUCUGGUGUUGGAGGACAACUUUCAGCAGCCGAGACCGAAAAGUGUCGUACUGUUUCCACAAUUGCCGGAUCCACAUGAUGAUCACAAUAAUACAAUGUCACUGAAACUCCGCUCAGCCGAGAAAAAAAAUUCUGAGCUCAAGAAAAGCCUAGAUGAGAUGAAAAUGAACUUUAAAAAGUUCACAAGAGAGUAUGAAAAAGAGAAAAGGGAGCUGGAAAAGCAGAUGGACGAACAACGGCAAACACUUGAACAGGACAAUGCAAGAAACCAGAGCGAAUAUGAUAUGAAGAUGAGGGAGAUGCGUGAAGAAUUGCAGAAUCUGGAGCGGAAGCUGGAAGCUCGUCCACCUUGCUGCUGCUCAAGCCAGAAACAAUCAGAGGAAUCAGAAAGAAAAGAAGCUGAGUAAUCCCGCUGGUGUUUUCACCUGCAGACACAAAGAUGCACCAUGUUUAACAAUACCCCCAUAAUCCUAAAUACUGUCAGUUUUUUACAAUUUGUUAAACUCCUAAAUCUCAUCAAUUUGUUCUUGAUCUUCAUUUUCCUUACUAACAGUUUUGAAAAUGUCCUAAUUUUAAUUUUCGUUAGUAAAGUUCACAGUUUCUUUUUUAAUGAACAAUC